AUGGUGCGUUUGCGAGCGGCUGCCCAAAUUAUCUCCAAUUCUGGACACGAUGACAUGAUUCACGAUGCUGGCCUGGAUUAUUACGGCCGCAGAUUGGCGACAUGUUCUUCGGAUAAGACAAUUAAGAUAUUCGAGAUUGAGGGAGAGACACAUAGGUUGAUUGAGACCUUGAAGGGACAUGAAGGUGCAGUGUGGUGUGUUGCAUGGGCACACCCCAAAUUCGGCACAAUCCUGGCCUCCUCGUCCUACGAUGGAAAGGUGCUUGUCUGGCGCGAACAACACCAAAGCGCGACGUCUCCCGCCAUCGGCAGCGCUUGGACAAAGGUCUUCGAUUUCUCCCUUCACACUGCCUCCGUGAACAUGGUCUCAUGGGCUCCGCAUGAGACUGGAUGCCUCCUUGCCUGCGCUUCCUCGGACGGACAUGUUAGCGUCCUCGAGUUCCGCGACAACAGCUGGACUCACCAAAUCUUCCAUGCUCAUGGCAUGGGCGUUAACUCUAUCAGCUGGGCCCCUGCUGCAGCUCCGGGCAGCUUGAUCAGCUCCAACCCUGGACCUACCCAGCAGAGACGAUUUGUCACUGGUGGCAGUGACAACCUGCUCAAGAUCUGGGAUUACAACCACGAAACCAAGACCUACAACACCACCCAAACAUUGGAGGGCCACUCUGACUGGGUCCGUGACGUCGCUUGGUCGCCCAGCAUCCUCUCCAAGUCGUACAUCGCAUCGGCUUCGCAAGAUAAGACCGUUCGGAUCUGGACAUCGGAUGCUUCCAACCCUGGCCAGUGGACCAGCCAACAGCUUGAGUUCGACACUGUCCUCUGGCGGGUCAGCUGGAGCCCCAGCGGAAACAUCCUUGCCGUCAGCGGAGGAGACAACAAGGUUAGCUUGUGGAAGGAGAACCUCAAGGGACAGUGGGAGAAAGUUAAGGACAUUGAGGAGUAG